AUGGCAGAAAUCAAGCUCAAGCUACAGAGUCAAGAAGGACAGACAUUUGAAGUAGAAGAAAGCGUGGCUUGCAAGUCCCAGCUGAUCAAAAACAUGGUAGAAGACUCUGGCACUGAUGAAGAAAUACCUCUUCCCAAUGUAAAGGCCGCUAUCCUUGAAAAAGUUAUAGAGUACUCCAGACACUAUAAAGACUCAACUCCUCCAGAAAUUGAAAAACCUCUGAAAUCAGCUGUCAUGCAAGAAGUGGUUCCAGCAUGGGACGCUGCAUUCGUUGAGCUUGAGCAUGAAAUUCUUUUUGAACUCAUUUUGGCAGCAAAUUACUUACUCUCUCAUACUAUUUUUGGCUAAUAUUAAUUUAUGUUUUUAAAUAUUUUAUGCUUAUAAUAUAAAUAUGAGGCUAUCUUUAAGAAUAGAAAAACGGCUAAGCAGUAGAUUUUUUAUUGUAAAUAUUAUAAGCGAUUUAGAUAUAAAAUCUUUACUUGAUUUGUGCUGCGCUAAAAUUGCUUCUAUGCUAAAAGGAAAGACUCCAGAAGAGAUCAGAAGGACUUUUAAUAUUGAAAAUGAUUUCACCCCUGAAGAAGAAGCACAGGUGAGAGAAGAAAAUAAGUGGGCAGAGAUGGAAUAA